CGUUUUGACGGUUCACGCCGGACGAUGUUGAGGAAAUGUUCCCAGUGAGAGUGUCUCGGUGUCGGGAUUGUGGCGUGUUUUCGCUCUACACAUAAGUAAGGAGCUGGCUGACAGUCAGCUCGCUGUUUUUGUUUUCGGGAUUCGUCCUCUCCUGUCUCUGCCGUUAUGUUACCGUUUGAUUUUAUUUCCUGAACACCGGGAUAACUGGAUACGAUCCACCAAAAAAUAAAACAAAACAAAACAAAAAAUAUGGACUCCCGCGUUGAUCUUCAGCAAACAGAUAACAGCCCUCCAGCUGAAUCAACGGAGCCUCCCCCGAAGAUGACCAGACAGCAGAUCCUCACCCUCGUAUCGGUAGCAUCUGUCAACUUCAGUUCAAUGAUCUGCUACUCAAUAUUAGGCCCGUUUUUCCCCAAUGAGGCGGUGAAGAAGGGAGCCAGUCAAACUGUCAUCGGUCUCAUAUUUGGCUGCUACGCUGUCUGCAAUUUAAUUGGUUCACUGAUUCUGGGAAAAUAUAUUGUUCAAAUUGGUGCGAAGUUCAUGCUUGUGACCGGGCUCUUUGUGUCCUCAGUCUGCACCAUUAUGUUUGGAUUACUCGAUCGGGCUCCUUCAGGUCCCGCUUUCAUUACUCUGUGCUUUAUAGUGAGAUCCGUUGAUGCUGUGGGCUUCGCCGGUGCGAUGACUUCUACUUUUGCCAUGUCAGCAAAAAUAUUCCCAAACAAUGUGGCGACUGUUUUGGGUAGUUUGGAGAUUUUCACUGGACUUGGUCUUAUUCUGGGGCCACCAGUUGGAGGGUGGUUCUACCAAACAUUUGGAUAUGAAGUCCCUUUUAUGCUUCUUGGAUGUUUCCUGUUGAUUAUGGUUCCUUUCAACAUAUAUGUCCUGCCAGCCAUUGAUGCAGAUCCUUCGAAGGACUCAUUUUUGAGACUUCUCACCAAGGUGAAAGUAGUCCUCAUCUGCUAUGCGAUAUUCACUCUCAGUGCAGGCUUGGGCUUCUUGGAUGCCACAUUGUCCCUGUUUGCUAUUGAGACGUUUGGUCUGUCAAGUGGCUUCGUGGGACUCAUCAUGCUCGGUUUGUCUUUACCGUACUGUCUGGCAUCGCCGCUGUUGGGGUAUUUUACUGACAAAUAUCCCGUCACCAGGAGUUGGUUCAUGGUGAUAGGAGGUUUCGUCACCGCGACUGGCUUCUGCCUGCUUGGUCCCGCUCCUUUCCUUCACAUCCCAAAUCAGCUGUGGUUGCUGGUCUUCAUGCUCGCUCUAAUUGGGUUUUCUCUGGGCAUGACCGCAAUCCCAAUGUUCCCUGAGAUCAUCACGUGUGCAAAUGAACUAGGAUAUGAAGAGGGACUAAGCACUCUUGGAAUGGUGUCUGGGCUGUUUGGGGCGGUUUGGUCCGCGGGGAUGUUUUACGGGCCGGUGGUGGGCGGCCUCAUCACACAGCAUCUGAACUUUAAGUGGGCAGCUGCAGUCCAAGGAGGCUUGGCCUUCUUAGCCGCCUUCCUCCUCGCUGUUUGUUAUCUCUACCAACGACCGCAACAACGAAGUGUUCGAGAAGACAGUCGACAGGUGAAUGAAAGCACUCCUCUCCUGACUGAAUGAAGCCCUGUGGAAAGAUGUGUCAAAGAACAAAAAAAUUAUCUUGGUGUUUUUUUUUUUUCUUUUAUUAAUUGCAUUUUAACAUUUUUGAAUUAUUAAUUUUUGAUGUUGCUUACAUCAUAAUCAUAAUAAUUUUUACUUGGGUCUUAGAAACAUGUUUUAUUUUGAUUUAAUUGUAUCAUAUUUAUAUGAACUGUAUUUGAAAAUGUUUGUACUGAGUACAGCCUAAAAGCCUAAAACACAGUAGCAUAUCUAUAUGACUGAUUUUAAGUAGGUACAAUAGAAUUUAAAUCAAUCAUUUCUUCAUGUGCACGUUGGAUGGACGUAACGUGAACGAGUGUAGUCGAUCACUUCAGAUCACAGGACAUUCAAAGUCCUUUCAAAGUCCAGAUCAUAAAAUAAGUGUGCCUUUUGUUCGACUGUAUUAAUGAUCUUAUUUUUCUACAUCACAUGACUUGGAUUUUGUGUUGACGUGUCACAUGUCGAGAGCUGCUGACCACCUUCAAUGAAACAUGAAAGAAGUAAUGCGCUGGUGAAACAGGUUAGAGUGAACCUCUCACGUUAUCGGGUGUAAUUCAAUAUGAUCAGGAGGAUUGUGUCACAGUUUGUGUGUCUUAAUUUUUCUACUGAUUAUAAUAAAAACAGCCCAUAUGUAAAUAAAAA